AUGAGCCUGAUCACCGACUGUAAAUCCGAUUCGGACUUUACGGCCUUCUUGGUCAAAGCGGAAGCAACUCCAGUUAUUGUCGAUUUCUACGCAACGUGGUGGGUAUUUUUAUCUUGUAUUUGAAAUUUAGGUUGAUCACAGUAAUUUAGUGGUCUUUUAGGUGCGGACCAUGCAAUAUGAUUGCACCGACGUUCCGCGACUUGGCCGGGAAAUAUCCGCAAUUGAAGUUCGUUAAAGUUGAUGUUGACAAAUGUCCACAGACCAAGACUAAGUUUGAGAUCGCCGCCAUGCCAACGUUUGUUGCUGUGAUCAGCGGGUAAGAAAUAUUUUUUAUUUUCGGAGCGAUGUGAAUAUUGUAAUGGGAACUCGAUUUUUUUCAUCCGACCGGCCUUUCUAAUGCCUAAUCUUGUUUUAGUCAGCGUAUGGAUCUCAUCAAAGGUGCGGACCCCAAUGCCCUCCAUAACUUUGUCAAGAAGUGGGCAGAAAACGCCGCUCCAUUGGAACCAUCUCCAGUGCCAGGACAAUCCGAUCUAGGAACGUUUAUUGACAAGAGUGGAGUCGAAUGCUUGAAUGAAGAUGACUCCAAAAACAUUCAAGGUCUUCUUGGAGGACGAUCUGAGUUGAGAUCCGACUGUGACGAGCAGCUGAUCAUCAACAUUCCGUUCGUUUCUCCCGUGAAGAUUCAUUCGAUCGAGAUCAGAGGAAAAGGUAGGUGAAUUUUGUUUUUAUUCGGGAUUUAGAUCUGACUAGAGGCUAUUAGGAGUAUCAAUACACGACUCGAUUUCUGCAUUCCAUUUUACGAAAGGGUUUAGAAUUUUUGAUCUAAAUUAAUAUAAGGCUUAUGCCAGUUACAUUAUCCUCUUUUUAGGCGACCACGGACCCAAGGACGUCAAGGUGUUUGCCAAUGUCACGACUACCCUUGAUUUCGACAAUGCUCAAAAUGCCGAGCCCAUUCAGAAUCUCAAUUUUGAGGCGGACUCACUUCAAAAUCUGAAGUUUGUCAAAUUCCAAAACGUGAAGAACAUUCAACUGUUCAUCGCCAACAACAAAGGAGAUCAUGACGUUACGAUUAUCGAAGAUCUAAGACUUUAUGGCCAAGUCCUCGGACAAACUCAGAUGACUGAUUUCAAACGGGUAAGGAUAAUAUAUUUUUGGGUUUUGGGAUGAAUAAUAUUGACUUUUCUACCUUCAGGUGGCCGGCAAAGUCGGCGAAGUUGGUCACUGA